AUGGAAGCUGUCACAGGAUCAGAAAAUUCCCAGUUAUUUGUCCAUCUGGCCCACAGCUACGGUGCCUUGGUCAUUUCGCUUAUCGAACGUGUGCGGCAUGAGUGCCCACUGAUGCAGGAGUCCUUCCGCCGUGCGCUGGUACCACUUUACCAAGCGUUAGGAAACUAUCUUGGUCAACCACCAUUCGAAGACUACACGAACAGCCUGAGCCAAAGCUUUAACAUUCGCGAUGCACCGCAAUCUUACCGCACCCUUCCAUCGAUACCCGCGCCCGUGAGACGCACUCGGACGCAGCGGUUCGCGAUCAUCAUUCACUUACUGACAGCAAUGCUUACCACCGAGAAUAGCGCCCUCGAAAUCAUUAACCAGUUUGUCGAUGAUCCUAUUUUCCGAGAAAGGUUACUUGCCGAACUGGAUGAGCUUAGAACGCUCGUUGAAGACCACACGGCAACAGUACGAACGCUGGAGAACUGA